AUGGUGGAUUUAUUUUGUAUUUAUUCGUCUCAUGGGAAAUUAUUAAUAGAGCAAUGUUUUAAUAAAGAACGAUAUAAAAGGAAUGUACAUAAUUUUAUAAAAAGAAUACUACAUAAUAAAACUAACAAUAAUAAUAAUAAUAAUAGUAGUAAUCAUAUGAAUAACAAUGGUGAUAAUAAUUACUAUUUAAUAUUGAAUAAUACAUCAUAUGAUUAUAGGAAUGAUAAGCUACAUUUAUUAAAUGGAAGAUGUUUGGAUGACAAAAAAUUUGUUUAUAUAAUAAAAAAUGAUGAAUUAUAUUUUGUAACAUUAAUAGAAGGUGAAAAUAAUCCGAUAUUAAUUAUAGAGAUGAUGCAAGAAAUAAUAAAAAUUAUAAAAAAAUAUUUUAAUAUAGAUAAGUUAAAAGAAAAUAUAUUAAUACAUAACUAUACUAUAAUAAAUUUUUUGAUAAAUGAAAUAUUAGUACAGAAUGGGAAACCUGCGUUAUUUAUUCAUACAAUUUUAAAAGAAUUAAUUGAAUAUGAUAAUAAUAGUAAUAAUAAUAAUUAUUAUAAUUUUAAUUAUAAUACUAAUAAUAAUUUUUUGAAUGAAACAUUAAAAAUAGGUCCUAUACCAAAUAAUUUAUAUAAUUUGAUAACACAAAAUAAGUAUAUAAAUAUAAAUGUUGGAAAUAGUAUUAAUAGUAUUAAUAGUGUUAAUAAUAUGAAUAAUAUUAAUAAUAAUAGUAAUGGCAAUCUUGUUAUGCUUAAUAUUAAUAAUGAGAAGAAUAUAAAUUAUAGUUAUAGUAAUGGUUCAUAUCUUAAUGGGAAACAUCCUAUAUAUAAUUAUUGGAGAUCAUAUAAUCAGACAUAUACAUCAUCAAAUGAAAUAUAUAUAGAUGUUGAAGAAAAUGUAAAUUGUAUUGUUAAUAAAAAUAAUAAAAUAAUACAUUAUUAUAUACAAGGUAAUGUAUAUAUUAAUUCUAAUAUUAAUGGUUCACCACAUAUUAAAUUAUAUUUUAAUCAAUUAGAUAUUCAAAAAUGUAAUUUCCAUUAUACAAUAAAUCGUAAUAAAUUAUUUUAUAAAAAUAAAGAUCAACAUAAUGAUAAUAAUAAAAAUAUAAUAAUUCACUUUGUGCCUUUACAUGAAAAAUAUUGUCUUCUACAUUAUUAUGAUAAAAUUUUAUUACAUCCUGCACAUUCGUCUGCAUAUAAAAUGAUUGAAUAUCAUAAUAAAAAUAACAUAAAAAGUAAAACACAUUUUAAUCAUCAAGAAAAUAUUAACAACACAAUAACAAACGUAUUAAGUUUAACUACUGUUGAAGAUAUUAUAAAAGAUAAUGAAAAUAAAAAUCACCAUGAUAUAACAAAUCAUAACAAUAUUAUACAAAAAAAUAAUAGUAACUCCUUUGAAAGUUCAAAUAUAAAUGUAGGCUAUGUAGAAAAAAAUAUGAAUAUACAAAAUAAUAUAAAUAUAUCAAAUAAUAAUUAUAUUGAAUAUAACAACAAUUUUCAAUUAAAUAAUAUUUUAAAUAUAUAUAAUAAUGAAAACUUUAAUAUAACACAAAAUUAUUUUCAUAUACCAAAUGAUAAUUGUAAAAACAGUUAUGAUAAUAAUUUAUUCUCACAUCCGAAAUAUAAACUACCCAUACUUAUUAAAGGUAAUGUACAAUUUGUUAGUACAGAAAAUAUGUAUAAAAUAAAAUUAAAUGUCCUUUUAAAUAAUAUUAAUACAAAUAAAAAUAAUAGUAAUAUAUUAUUAAACAGAUAUGAAAAUAUCUUAAUUAAAAUACCUAUACAUCAUUUUAUCAAGUCAGUUAAUUUUCAUACAUCCUUAGGAAAUAUUAAUUAUAAUGAAAAAAAGAAAUGUAUUUAUUGGUUUAUAAAUUAUCUUACAGAUAUGAAUACACAAAUAUAUGCUAAUAUAUCUUUAUAUGUUCCUACACAUGAAGAAAAUCAUAUGAAUCAAAUAAAUAAUAUAAAUCAAUUAAAAAAUACAUAUCAUUUAUCCCCAUUAAAUAAUUUUAACCUAUAUCCUCUCUUUAAUUUUGUAGCAUAUGCUAGCCUAAAAAUUAAUGGAGUAUCCAUAACUGAUCAUAAAAUAGAAAAAAUUGAAAUACAAAAUAUGAAAAAUAUGGAAAUACGUAAGGGUUGUAGAUAUACUACCAUAUACAAUAACAUCGAAUUUAGGCUAUAA